CUCGUCCAUUUUCAUUUGGUGCGUGGGGGGAAAAAAAAGAAAAAAAAAAAAAAAACCUAACGGGACAACAUGGCUACGCAAACGGCCCGGUACUACAGCGAGGGAGGCAGGGCAACAAAGCGCCAAAAAACCGACAACGACGGAGGAAUGGCGACUGAGGGCUACGAAGACCCUCACAAACCUCUCCCCUCCCUCGUGGUCCACAUAAGAGGGUUGGUGGAUGGAGUUUUGGAAGCAGACAUUGUUGAAGCCCUGCAGGAAUUUGGAACCAUCAGUUAUGUGGUGCUGAUGCCCAAAAAGCGCCAAGCCCUAGUUGAAUAUGAGGACAUGAGCGGCUCCUGCAACGCUGUAACGUAUGCUAAUGACAACCAGAUCUACAUUGCUGGAAAUCCUGCUUAUGUGAAUUACUCCACCAGUCAGAAGAUCUCCCGGCCUGGCGAUUCUGACGACUCUCGCAGUGUUAAUAAUGUUUUGUUAUUCACAAUCAUGAACCCCAUUUAUCCCAUCACCACGGAUGUGCUGUAUACCAUCUGCAACAAUUGUGGACCUGUUCAAAGAAUUGUCAUCUUCAGGAAAAAUGGUGUCCAGGCCAUGGUAGAAUUUGAUUCAGUCCAGAGUGCACAGCGGGCCAAAGCCUCUCUCAAUGGUGCCGAUAUAUACUCUGGCUGCUGCACACUCAAGAUUGAGUAUGCCAAGCCAACACGCCUCAACGUAUUCAAGAAUGACCAGGACACGUGGGACUACACCAAUCCAAACCUGAGCAGCCAAGGUGCAGACGCUGAUGGCGAUGGGGGCGAACAAGAUAUGAAUGGCCACUCCAACAAGCGCCAGAGGCAGCCGGCUCUGCUGGGACACCACCCUACAGAGUACGGUGGGUACGGUUACCAGGACGAGAGUUACGGCGGGUAUGACGGACGCCGUGUGGGUCCAUCAAUGGGAGGCCCACGGAGGGGCGGGGCUAGUCAGCGUUACGGCGGCCAGUACGGAGCCCCACCUCCACCACCUCCAGGGGAAUACAGUGCUCAUGCAGAGUCACCAGUCAUGAUGGUCUAUGGUCUGGAGCCUUCCAAAAUAAAUGCAGACAGGGUGUUCAACAUCUUCUGCCUCUAUGGCAAUGUUGAGAGGGUGAAAUUCAUGAAGAGCAAACCAGGUGCUGCCAUGGUGGAAAUGGGAGACUGCUAUGCCGUAGACCGGGCCAUUUGUCAUCUAAACAACUAUUUCCUAUUCAACCAGAAACUUAAUGUCUGUGUGUCCAAGCAGCAGGCCAUCAUGCCAGGUCAGUCGUAUGAGCUAGAGGACGGCACCAGCAGCUUUAAAGACUUCCACGGCAGUCGGAACAAUCGCUUUGCCUCUCCAGAACAGGCAGCCAAGAACCGCAUCCAGCAUCCAAGCAACGUCCUGCACUUCUUCAAUGCUGCCCCAGAAGCCUCAGUUGAGGUCUUCUCUGAGAUCUGUGAUGAGCUCGGCUUGAAGAGUCCAUCUAAUAUAAAACUGUUCGCGGCAAAAGGCGGUGCUUCAUCUGAGAGAAGCUCAUCAGGGCUUCUAGAGUGGGAAUCUGUUAAUGAUGCCAUGGAAGCCCUUGCCAUGAUGAACCAUUACCAGAUGAAAAACCCUAAUGGCCCAUACCCCUACACACUAAAGCUGUGCUUCUCCACUGCGCAGCACGCAAAUUGAAAACCGGCCAUCAGCAGAAGCUCAGCACCGCCACAACUUCACUGUCCCAUGUUCAUCGUCCUUCAUGUGUGCAGUCAGUGUCUUUCUAUUGAGUGAGCCACAGCGUGCGCUGAGAAUCAGCUUGGCAGAACUGUUAAAAUCUUGUUUUUAUAGAAGAGGAGGAAGGUGAAAUGCUUUUGUACCAGUAUUUUUUUUUUUAUUUUUUUUUUCUUUUUUUUUUGGGGUUAAUGUAUUUCUUUUUUUUUUUUUAUUGCUUUCCAUUAUUGACUGUUAGCUGUGUGCUCAGCGCCUCACUUUUCGAAAUGGCAGCCUGUAAAGGAAAGCCUGCAUUUUUCUCUAAUUGUAAAAUAAAAUAGUGACGAUUAGUCCUUUGUCAUGGCUAUUUAAUAUAGUAGCUAUUUAGUGUGAGAAGCUGUUUUCAGUGACUUUGCUGAAUUUUAAUAAAUCGAGAAAUAUCCAUAGAAGUGAUGUAUUCCCUUCAUGAGGCUCAGUUAACUAAUCAGCUCUAAAAUCUGAUUAAAGAAACUUUACCACUGAAAUGACACAAUAAUAGGGACCACAAUGGCCAGUGACACAGGGCUGUAUGAAGCUGUGAAGCAAUACAUUUAUAGGAAAAUAAUCAUAUAGGAUUAUAGGAAAGUUACUGUUACCACCCUGAAGUUGUUAAUUUUCUAAUAACAGCAUGUCUGGAAGUGCUUUAUUCCUCUUAUACCACAGCAUUUUUCAUUUAUUACUGAAUGAGGUCUCAUUUUUAACCAUUUACAGUUACAUGUAAUGUUGUGGAAUUUCUUGUUAUCAUUUGCGCCGUAACAUCUGUAAACAGUCGUUUCCUUAAAAAAACACAGCUUGUCGUUACCGAGAAACCCAAAAGCACAAACUCCUCUGUCCUGUAGGCUCUCACUGACAAUGAAGACUCCUUCCAUAAAUGUAUAAGAAAUGUCUCCUCGGAAAUUAUAACAACAAUUUGUCUUUUUUUUUUUUUUAUUUGGUUAAGCAUAAUCUUUUAUUAUUAGCCUUAGAUUGUGUGGAGCGGCUUGCCUUUCAGCCAGCACUACUGUCAGCUGUUACAGAAAACCAAUCAGAAUCAAGAAUUCAACCCUGUGGUAUAAGAGCAAUAUAAUGCUACUGAUUUAAAAAAAAAAAAAAAAAAAAAAGCAUAAAUCCAUUAAUUACUGCUACAAGUUCAGCCUCUGGUGAUGCCCCUUACACUGCAUUUUUUUUUUUUUUUCCCAUUCUUUUCCUCUUAAACACAAGGACUUUGCUGCACAUUUCAUUCAACUGAUCAUUAAAUACAUCAUUUAAUAAACAGCAGAACUUUA